GGAAAGCGGCCGCGUACUGGCGAUCGCGGCGGGAGAGUAGCUGCUCAGUGAGGAACAGCGGGACGACUCAGGCUUGUGUCGUUUCUGCUCAGGAGUCAGCAUUUCCUUUCCCCCUGCGCCGCUCCGCUUGCGCUGGGCCCUGGCAAGUGGAGCGAAGUCGCGGGAAGGGAAGGGAGCAGCCGUGGCGGGCGGACCGUCGCCGCCCUGAGCGCGGGCCCGCGUUCCCCGAGGCGGGGGUUUGAGACGCCGCUGGGGCGGAGGGCGUGAUUUCUAGCUUGCAUUUGAUGAUUUUUCUUUGGUCGGCAUUGGGGUUUGAACUCGGCCUAACGCUUGCCAGGCAGGCGCUCUACCACUUUAGCCACUCCGCCGAUACCUAGCCUGCGUUUUCGUAGCCAGCCUGGAGUUCUCGAUUCAGACCAGGAGGUUCGACUCGACUCGGGAGAAUCAUUUGUAGAACCGGAAGGGACCCUAGAGUACUGGUUCUUAUUUUCCAACCCUCAAACUGAUAUAUUUAUGGGAAGAGAAAUCUAUGGACUUUCUCUUCAGAAAAAGGCAACGAUACACAGAAACUUCUGUAUGUGACUUUAAGAAUUACCUCCAUGGAUCCUAGGUUAAAAAAGUUGUUAGAAGAGGCGAGGAUUACAGUGAACCCACUCCUGUGUCUGAUCCUGUGUUAGCCACAUUUUCAUAAAAACCCCAUCAGCUAGGAAUCUGAAGUAAAAACAAAGCAGGAUGUCAUCAAGGGCUGAAUACAUAAUUGGGGGGGUGAAGAUUCACUUUCCUUGUAAAGCUUACCCCUCACAGCUUGCCAUGAUGAAUUCUAUUGUCAGAGGACUAAACAGUAGGCAGCAUUGUUUGUUGGAGAGCCCCACAGGAAGUGGAAAAAGCUUAGCCUUACUUUGUUCUGCUUUAGCAUGGCAGCAAUCUCUUAGUGGGAAGCCAGUGGAGGAGGGCCUAAAUAAAAAAGCUGAAGUACCUUUGUCAAGCGUGACAUGUUGUUGUGCAUGCCAUUCAAAGAAUUUUACAUAUUGUGACACAAGCCUGGGUAUAUCACGUCAUUUCAGCAGUCCAAGCACAGCACCUUCUGAACAAAAUGACAUUUCUUCAACUUCUCAAGACUCUCCUGGAAAAACCACGCUGGCUGCAAAGUUAUCUGCCAAGAAACAGGCAUCUAUGUGCAGAGAUGAAAAUGAUGAUUUUCAAGUAGAGAAGAAAAGAAUUAGACCCUUAGAAUCUGCACAGCAGAUUAGAAAACGUCAUUGUUUUGAAAAGGAAGUACCCCAUUUGGAUGCAGAAGUUGCUUCAAGAAAGACUGUAAAACUUGACUCUCCAUUAGGAAAGAUAAACUUCUUUUCUCCACAAAAUAACCCUGGCCACUGUUCUCGGUGCUGCUGUUCUAAACAAGGAAACAGUCAGGAAUCUUCAGAUACCAUGAAGAAGAAUCAUGAGGGAAAAUCCAGGAGACCCAAAAUAUAUUUUGGGACACGCACACACAAGCAGAUUGCUCAGAUUACUAGAGAGCUUCGAAGGACUGCGUAUUCAGGGGUCCCAAUGACUAUUCUUUCCAGCAGGGAUCAUACCUGUGUCCAUCCUGAAGUAGUCGGUAACUUCAACAGAAAUGAGAAGUGCAUGGAAUUGCUGGAUGGAAAAAAUGGGAGAUCCUGCUAUUUUUAUCAUGGUGUUCAUAAAAUUAGUGAUCAACACACAUUUCAGACUCUUCAAGGAAUGUGCAAAGCCUGGGAUAUAGAAGAACUUGUCAGCCUAGGAAAAAAACUAAAGGCUUGUCCAUAUUACACAGCUCGUGAACUGUUAGAUGAUGCCGAUAUAAUAUUUUGUCCCUACAACUAUCUUCUAGAUGCACAAAUAAGGGAAAGUAUGGAUAUAAAUCUGAAAGAACAGGUUGUCAUUUUAGAUGAAGCUCAUAACAUUGAAGACUGUGCUCGGGAAUCGGCAAGUUACAGUGUAACAGAAGUUCAGCUUCGGUUUGCUCGAGAUGAGCUAGAUAGUUUGGUCAGCAAUAAUAUAAGGAAGAAAGACCAUGAACCUCUGCGGGCUGUGUGCUACAGUCUCAUUAAUUGGUUAGAAGAAAAUUCUGAACACCUUGUAGAAAGGGACUAUGAAUCAUCUUAUAAAAUAUGGAGUGGAAAUGAAAUGCUUUUAAAUUUAUACAAAAUGGGCAUCACUACUGCUACUUUUCCUAUUUUGCAGGGACAUUUUUCUGCUGUUCUCCAAAAAGAAGAAAAAGUCACCCCAAUUCAUGGUAAAGAAGAGACAAGAGAAGUACCUAUUAUUAGUGCUUCAACUCAGAUAAUGCUCAAAGGACUUUUUAUGGUGCUUGACUACCUUUUUAGGCAAAAUAGUAGAUUUGCAGAUGAUUAUAAAAUUGCUAUUCAACAGACUUACUCCUGGACAAAUCAGAUUGAAAUUUCAGAUAAAAAUGGGUUCUUUGCGCUACCAAAAAAUAAGAAACGUUCACGACAGAAAAUUGCAGUUCAUGUCCUAAACUUUUGGUGCUUAAAUCCAGCUGUGGCCUUUUCAGAUAUUAAUGGCAAAGUUCGGACAAUUGUUUUGACAUCUGGUACAUUAUCACCAAUGAAAUCUUUUUCAUCAGAGCUUGGUGUUACAUUUACUAUCCAAUUAGAGGCUAACCAUGUCAUUAAUAACUCACAGGUUUGGGUUGGUACCAUUGGUUCAGGCCCUAAGGGUCGGACUCUCUGUGCUACCUUUCAGCACACUGAAACAUUUGAAUUCCAGGAUGAAGUGGGAGCGCUUUUAUUAUCUGUGUGCCAGACUGUGGGCCAAGGAAUUUUGUGUUUUUUACCAUCUUACAAGUUAUUAGAAAAAUUAAAAGAACGUUGGUUUUACACUGGCUUAUGGAAUAAUCUGGAAUUGGUGAAGACAGUUAUUGUAGAACCACAAGGAGGAGAAAAAACUGAUUUUGAUGAAUUACUGCAGGUGUACUAUGAUGCCAUCAAGUACAAAGGAGAAAAAGAUGGAGCCCUUCUCAUAGCAGUUUGUCGUGGUAAAGUGAGUGAGGGUCUGGAUUUCUCAGAUGACAAUGCCCGUGCUGUCAUAACAAUAGGAAUUCCUUUUCCAAAUGUGAAAGAUCUACAGGUUGAACUAAAGCGACGAUACAAUGACCACCACUCAAAAUCGAGAGGUCUUUUGCCAGGCCGUCAGUGGUAUGAAAUCCAAGCAUAUAGGGCCUUAAACCAGGCCCUAGGUAGGUGUAUUCGACACAAAAAUGAUUGGGGAGCUCUUAUUCUAGUGGAUGAUCGCUUCAUUAAUAAUCCAAGUCGCUAUACAUCUGGGCUUUCUAAGUGGGUAAGGCAGGAGAUUCAGCACCAUUCAACCUUUGAAAAUGCACUGGAGUCCUUGGCUGAAUUUUCCAAAAAACACCAAAAAGUCAUUGAUGCAUCCAAAAAGAACAAAAAGUGUCUGCAAGACAAUGCAUCUACUCUUAAAGUGACCUGUUUGGAGGACAGUACCCCUACAUGUUUAUUGGAAGCAGCAAGUCAUCUAUCACGAGAAAGUCCUAGGGGAGAUGAAGCAAAAAUGCAUGUCCAGGAACUACAGUGUCCUAAAAUGAACAUUAAAAACCCAUCUCUUCCAAGUGGCAACAUCUCCAGAAAGGAGAAAAAUGACCCGGUAUUAAUGGAAGAAAAAGCAGAAAAAUUUGUGAUUUCCAGAUCCUCAAGCCCAACUUUCAGCAAACAAACAAAGAGAGCUAGCUGGUCUAGCUUUAGUUCUUUGGGACCGUAUUUUACAGGUAAAAUACAGACUGCAACACCUGAGCUUAGGCCAUCAGAGAAUUGUGCCUCCAGUUCUUCUACUCCCAAAAUAGAAAGUAAAACUGUUUUGCCACUCAUUUGUAAAUGUGAGUCCUCAAAUCUAACAGUAAACACAUCAUUUGGGCCUUGCCCUCAGUCAGAAACUACUAUGUCAUCAAUAGAGAUAGAUAUUACUGAAAAAGAUAAUUCAAAACAACCACUCUGCUAUGGAAAAGCCCUGGAUCUAGAUACUGAAUUAUCUCUAAUAAGUGAAAAAGAUAAACAUUCCAAUUCAAACAGUGGUUAUGAAACAGAAGCAGAAGAUGAGUCUAUAUAUUUUACACCUGAACUUUAUGAUCCUGUAGAUACAAAUGAAGAAAAAAAUGAGCUAGUUGAAGCUGCUGGAUUCAUUAAUAAUUCAAAUUGCAUUUUAGCUGAACACCUUUUUGAAAUUAAAACUACAACAGGAGAAGAUUCAGCCAGAGAAAUGAAAAGUGGGGAUUGCAUACACACAAAGUUGAGUAGAAUCAUGCAUAUUGAAGAAAAUAAAAUUGAUGACAUUGACGAUAAUGUAAAAACUUAUACAGAUGAAUUGGAGCUUGGAAAAAUUAAUGAAAUAGUUAUAAGGGACUUUAAGCAGUAA